AUGUUGGAAAUUCUCCUGGCCAAAGUGUUGGGAUUAGAUUACAAUACGUCAUCCUCACAAAUGACUCACUACUACUCAUCAACAUCCGCGCCUAAUCUACAAAUAAUAAUCAUCAAACAAUGUUCAGUACACCAGAAAGAAUUAACCACCAAUCAAUACCACGUACAAGAUGCCACAACUAAUUCUUGUUGGACAACAACAUUUUAUUACCGUAAAAAAUUGAUAUUUACGCACUUACUAUCAGAGGUGACGAGAAACUCAUCUCUACUAAACUACCUCAACUGUGAAUGGGAUUGUGAAGUCCUGGUUCACGUGAACAGGUGUCUGAAGUCCUGGUUCACAUAUGGCUAUAUCUCUCAGACUCACAAUGCAACUAUGAUUGGUACACCCUCUAACAUUAGUUGUCCGGGAUUGGGUGAGAUGAGCCCCGGCUCCCUGUCAGUUGUGGAGGGACUGAACUUGUAUGGCGAAUUGCCUCCGCCGGAAUCUGUCGCUCUAUCUCAGGGCAAUUCCGGGACUAAGGCUACUGAGUGGGCUAGUACUCAUUGCUCCCUGAGGGAUGAUGUACGAGCUAAGGUUACUUUGGGGGUCAGUCCUCCUUUGGUCCGCCAGGGAGAGGGACUGCCAUAUGCUACUGGCGGCGUCAUCAACAAGUCUCUUAGUAAUGACUUGAUGACGGAAAGUAACUCUAAUGUUUCAUUAAGCAGAAACGCAUCUAAUUUAAGACAACAAGAAUUUGUCGCCCAAAGCUCUUCCACUCUAAUACCUGGACCAGAAUUAUCAGGUAACCCUCAUACGUACCUUGAGAAAGGUAAAUGGAAAGCAGACAAUAAAAAUCCGUCUGUAACACCUAAAGCACAAAUCUGUGUGAAUGAUAUAACAAGAAAUCACGCAAACCCCUUUAAAAAGGCCUCAGCGCCUAAACGAAAAGAAGAUAUCAUCAUUAAAGAUGGUAGGACAUAUAGAAAAGAUCCCAAAAAGGAUAUCAAACUCACUGGCAAACAAUUACGUGAACGCCGACAACAAAAGAAAACUCAAAAAGAGAUUUCUAAGAAACAACAAAGUACCAUUGAUAGGCAUUAUGAAUGUGUCACACUUAAAAAAGGGAAAAAUAAACACCGCUACGUACAAAGUGAUAUAGGAAAUAUCAUCCGUCACGCAGACCAGGAUCACAAUAAUCUUGACUCAAAUGCGCAAAAAGAUAACACAUCUAUUGCAAAGGCAAACCUGGCAGAAACAAUUCGUAUUAAGAAACGAAAUGGAGAGAUGCUCACAAGAGACGAGUUGCUUGGAAAACUAACGUCAAACCGCAAUAAUACUGUUAAAACAGUACAGCCCGCACAAUCCUCUACUAUAAGUAGGAAUCACCGAAAGACGGUUUCAAAACGAAAACCGCCUCCUUUUGAAGUUGUCACAAUGGACAUAGACAAAGAGAAUGAAUUGGGAUCUCAACUUGAUAGCACACCAAUGAACAUUGAUCCGACAGAACAAAAUCCGGUUCAACCCUCUUACGCAGAUAUAUAA